UGUGGAUUUAUUUAUUAUUGCCCUCAUACAAGGUUGAGGCAGCUGUUAACUGAGUCCUGAACUUUUCAUUUCAGCUCGCACAGAGACCAUUCGACGUGUCUGAAGCAGCACACAGUGUGUUCUGAUGAUGGUGUGUGGAGUAUGCUGUUUAUCAAAUGCACAGCCAUGUUUUCCAUCCGUGCAUUGAUUGACAUCUCACCCCGAUGCUGCACGGCUGUCCUUGUCCCUGCGUCAUGCUGAUAUUUACGUAUAUAUAUUUUCAUUUCUGGAGCCUGCAUUCACUCUGUAUAGUUUAGGCUGUGAGACUAUACAUUCAUACACUGAUGGCACAGCAUCAAGAGCAGUUCUGGGGUCAGUAUUGUGCUUAAGGACACUUCAACGUGCAGCGGGAGGAGCCGGGGAUUGAGCCGCCAACCUUCUACACCCCACCCCUGAGCCACAUGCCUGAUAAUGCCUACUAUUAACACUACCAAAGCACCCUGUAAGACAAAAGGUCCGACAUUCUUGGGAGGCACAAAAUUACAAGAAAGGUUUAGAAAUCUGUGUGUCCAUUGUAAUCCUCAAUGGCGAGACAAAGAAGCAUCCACAAAAACAGAACACAGUCAGCAUGAGCUAAAAGUGGCACAGACCACAUUCUCAAAGUCUGCUGUCGUCUCUUGAUGUGGUUUUACUUAUAUAAGCUUUAUUUAUUCAGGAAGUCUCACUGAGAUCAAGAUCUCUUUGCAAAAGAGACAUGAAAACAAAGUAAUCCAAAGUAAAGUCCUUGCCUCCGUUUCACAACACUGACUUGCUUAAAUGCGUUAAGGCACAUGGAUCUCCUGAAAUAAAGUGCACUGGUAAGAUUCUCAGAGCCAAUUCAUGAACUCUGACAGUAUUAAAGUUAGAAAUGGAUGUUUAUAUGAAACCUUUCAUAAAGAGAUAGAGCUUACAUUGAGAGAAAACAAAGUUGGACAAAAGAGUCUGUAUCCACGUAAGCUGCUCUCUGAGGCUGUAUAUGCAUGCUAACAUGAUGUUCAUUGGGUAUCAUGUUCACCAUAUGAGUUGUAAGUAUGCUAACAUUUGCUAAUUAGCACUCAACGAAGUACAGCUGAGGCUGAUGGGAAUGUCGUUAGUUUUGCAUUUUUAUUAGACAAAUUCAGAUUUUGACCUUCUGGCGGCACGAGUUAGGGUUUUUACAGAGGAGCCUGAGGGCGACGUUAAUGUUUCUACCAAACUUCAGAAUGUAGUCCAUCCGACCGACGGACAUUGCCAUCACUAGAGCCACGCUGCCAGCUUGGCCAAGAGGAGGAGAGAAAUGUUUUUAAGUGUACAUAAUAAAACGGUAGUGGAGUAGUAGUAGCAGGAUAAGUUGGAGGAUUUCAGUGGGAGCUUUGGAGCCUGUGUUCAUGAGGCUCUUUGAAGACUGUUGCAGAAGCCGCUUCGUCACAGGGAGUCACGCGUGGGACGGGGGCUGGUUUUCACAUCCUUCAUGACAUUAUUGUGUGUCAAACACUAGCUUUAGGUUCAAAUAUGAGUCCUCUCAAUUGUGGUGUUUUCAUUGUCAGUCCGAUUGCACUCUGUUAGAGGACAUUUGGUGGUAAUAGCCGUUCUAAUCACUCAGUCUGCACUACCGUGACACUAUUUGAUAAAUGAAUAUAGGGGAAAUGAUUACUUUGCAACAACCGAGUGAAUUAUUUCAUGAUGUAGGUACCCAAACACUGUGGAUAUCAAGGGAAAUUGAUAGUUGUUAGAAGAAUUAUUCUCACUACAGGCACUCAAAAGACAAAUCUGUGGACCAGGUUAUGAAUAUUCUUAAUCUACACUGUCAGCAUGCUGUGAAAGACCAUCCAGCCCAUCUGCAGCUGCAGCCCAAAAUGAUUAGUGGACACUACCUGCCACAUCUGCCCAGCACUCCACAUCCAUACUAAGUGGAGAUUCUAAGCUACAGGUGCCAUUGAAACAACCUCAGCUACACUUUCAUUGACAGAUGUGAUUCUGUGCUUUACGUUUCAUUCAUACCGACACCUGAAAGCUCGCUGAGGCCUGAAGACAUCUGUCACGGAUAUUUGGAAGAGCCAUGACAAACAAUCGUGACAGCCAGUAGUAAACACUCACUGCCAAAGAUUUCCCACGUCUCUAAAGACAUACUUGAUCCGUUAUAAUUGCAUCAACAAAGCACCUGACAAAUCUCACAGGCCCCCCAUCCCCCCCAUCCCCCCAUCCCCCCAUCCCCCCAUACCCUUGCAAGUAGAUUUGCUUCCCACAUUCAGACAGCAUUGAUUACAGAGCAUUUUGGGUAAGAGAUUCACUGGAAAGCUGUCAAUAUCUAAAUGCUCAAAUAUUGAUUUCAGUAUCAGUCACAGUCAGUGAUCGCUAAGAUUUGCCUUGAUAGGUUCUAAAACCAGUCUUGCAUCACAGGACAGCAUUUAAAGCAGCAAAGAUCCAUAUGCACCAUAUAGAAUAUACUAUUAGAUCAAAGUUAUGGUGAUUUUGGAGGCUUUUGUAUGUGUAUCAACUGAGCACAUUGUUAUUAACGUUUAUUCUUAUUACACAUUUAUAAAUUUGGUCUUUAAUUUGUAGCCUAUAUACAGUAUGUGUUUCAUCUUGUGCUUCAGCUGGCUCCUCUUUCUACUGUGACAGCAUGGCGCCCUCAUCUGGUCAGAACAGCAAAGUACAGGGUGUGACUGUGGGGUUGUAAUAUUGUGUGCCCUGUGCUGUGUGAUGAGGUGUGAUAUGAUGGCAACAAAAACACUGUUGCUGCCAGCAGAAAGAGGAAUGAAAGUGCUUUUGCUCUUUUAAAACCUUUUUCAGCUCAGUGUUCUACUUCACUUACAGUAUCUGCAGUAAUAUGUGUUCAUUUCAGUGUCAUGUUGCAGCUGUAAAUAGACGUAUUGUGAGCGAGUGAGCUACGUGUAGCAGAGUGGCAAUAGUCAGGGGCGUUUCCAGGAUGGUUUGACUGGGUGACACACAAGGAUCACUGACUAAUGCACGAGUGGCAGGAAGUAUGUGUCUCAGCUUUCCAGUCAUUCCCAGUUUAUGCAGUUCCAAUACUGUUUAUGGACCCCAGUAUGUAGAAAUAUUCAAAUACACUAGAAAUAACACAUUUAUACCACAUGCAAAAAACUGCAUGGCAUUAACAUGAAUGUGUCUGCAAAGGGGAGACUCCUGGGUACACACAGAACCCAUUUUCAUUCAGAUACCCUGAGGUCGGAGGUCAAGAGAUCGCUCUGAAAAUGUCCAUGUAAGGAAUCUACUCUAGUGAUUAUUAUUGCACUUCCAGGAAACUGAGGUACCAGGGGCGGAUCUAGAGGGUGUGGCCACCCCAGCUAUCCUAGUUUGGGGUCAAAUGUUGGCAAAUGUAACAUAUAUAUUUAGAUUCAUUUUGAAAAGGAUGUCUUAAAAAUUUAAAUUAAUUUAAUGGUCUUUUAUGGCCUAAUGUAGGACAUAUUGAUAUUUGGAAAAAAUUAUUAAAACAAUGCCACCUUUAGAUAUUUCUAUUCAGUGUAUAUGUUCAUGUAAUAUCUUCACAUUUAUAAAUGUGAGUGUGAGUGUGACCCUCUGGUCACCCCGUGAGUAUUUCUCUAGAUCCACCCCUGUGAGUUACUGUGAGUGUAAUAGAGCUGUAAAAUAAAAUAAGCUAGUGAAAUAUUUAUAUAUAUUAACAAUAUUAACAAUAGAGAGCAUAAUCAUAAACAGUGUUAGUGUCAAAUAUAAUUGGUGUAUUGGCAAACUAGAAUAAAAGACCAUUUCUGAAUUUUAAAUAUCACAAAAUAGAGCAUCAGGCCAAACUAAAUUAUGCAAAAACAAAACAAUUGCUGUUUGCAGAUCCCUCAGAUAACACUUGUAUAUAUUGUAUAAUAAGGAUACAAAACAUUAAGUCAUUUUCGACUCAUGCAGGGUUUGCUACUGCUCACCAUGAACAAAUGAAUUGAGGGGACAUCACAAUGUACAGUAAGUAAUGGUCACCUGAUAAAGUAAUGAGUGUACUGGGUGCCUCUGUUUGUUAGAUGUUUUUGGUUUAAGUGCACCAUUCUCCUCCAUCCAUUUCUUUCAACAACAACAACAACAAAUAAAAUAAAAAAAGAAAGGCGAUGAGCACUUUGAUCAAAGGAAAUGCUUCAUAUCUGUAGAGCAGGUACUGCUCAGGCUCAGAUGCAAGGAGGCUCUCUUUCAAUGGCACCCAGCAGAUUUGGUGGCAUAUCAAUGAAUGUAUAAAGAAACUUUAAAUUUGCUUUAAUUAAUUGAUCUAAAAAAAAAAAAAAGGUUAAUCUGUCGGGAUGUGUUUCUGUCCGUCACACUGCGCAUGCUUACUGCCUCAGUAGGCCUGUACCGCUGACUGCAGGUCUACUGAUUAUUUUGUGUUGACAAAAUACAAAAAAUAUUGCACAAUAUUGCCAAAAUAUUGGACUACAGCUUGAAGCACUCCAACUCUCUGACUGACUGACAAACUGACCGCGGCGGCCCUGAACGCAUCAGCUGCUGCAAGAGAUUAUUUCAGAUCUACUGUGCAGAAGUUGGUACCUUGUUAUGAUCUUGUUUUACAAUUAUCAGGCGCCACAAACAUAAAGUUGUUGUGAGCACAUGUACAUAUAUUGUUUGCACAAGAUAAUAACGUGUAGAGGAGUUAUGAUAGGCACAAUAUGAAAUAUCAUCUUUCGGGUUGCAUGAAGGAAUCAACUGCAGAUAUAAAAACGAGACAAUUAAUAUCAUCCAUGUGCCUGCUUAUUAAAAUCUUUCUCUCUCACGUACAGGUACAUGCGCGUGCGUCAGUAAAAGCCAUGGAAACAGAACGGUGACGCCACAGAGGUCAUUUAAGCCCUGCUGACCUUUCAGCUUUCUCACUUUGCAUUUGAACUUGACCCGAGUUGACCUGCAAAACUCUUUGGAGAGCCGAAGCAUCUGGAAGCAUCUGGAAAACGGACCUUGUUGGAGAACUGAACUGAACUGAAGAAAAGAAAAGCAAACUAGAGCAGAAAUGUCUUUUAACAGACCAACAGAGGAACACCUGCCGGGACCUGGAGGGCAGCCUGCCCCCGACAGUCUCCAUGCAGCCUCAGAGAGGGACUGGGCUAGGCGACUUGUUGCGCGGAACCAAAUCUAUAUUUUUAAGAGGUGUCUACUACAUUGUAGAGCGUCCUGCAGCUGAAGGAAUCCCUGAAGUGAUCAGGAUCAUCGAUGACAACGGUAACACUGUCCCCAUCUACAUCUUCUCUGACGAUGAGGAUGUGGAGAUUGUUGUUAUCUCUGAAGAUGAUGAUGAAGAAUAUAAGAACAUUCCCCCUCGCUCCUCUGAUGAUGAGAGUGACGGAGAGGACGAUGACUUGUCUUCCUCCUCAACCAGCGAGGAUUCUGAUGACACCUUGUCAUUUGUGGAAGAAGAUGAUGACGACAGGGAGCAUGGUGUAGAGGGUGAUGAUGAGGAUGAAAGUGAUGAUGACAUCAUCAGACCGCUUGGCUUUGAGGAUCGACCAUUGCCUUCAUCAGAGUCCUGGAACUGCCUCCUUGACACAGACAGCUCUGAAGAACCCACUUCAUCAGCCUGUGGCUUCAACUCUUCAAGGAAGAGGAGCAGGGAGGACAGUGACGAGGAGGGGCGUCCUGCUCAGGGUCCGAGUAGGACUUGUUAGGAAAGCCUCAGAGAGGAGGAAAGCCCCUAAGAGCUGACUGCAUCCACUUGUAGCCUCAGAUCCUCCAGAAAGAGCAGCAGGGAGAGACACUGGGAGGGGAUUGCUAAGAGGCCAAAGCUGUGUGAGGACAGUGACUCAGAUUGUCAGGCCUGUGUGCAGCAGGACUCACAACCCUAACACUUGAACCUGCUGAAGCCCCACAGAGUCGGUGUCUAGCACCUUAACAUA